AUGGCCUUUGGCUUUACAUUGGAUUUCCAGGCUGCCCUCCAGACCCUUUCAGUUCUACAAUGGAUCCCUCUAUAUGUGGUACUAGGAGCAAUCCCAAUCAUUUCUGUGCCUGUCCUGCUGUUCAGUAAGUACUGGAUGGUGUCCGUGCUGACCUUAGGCUGGCUCCUAUAUGACUGGAAAACUCAUAGUCAAGGUGGCAGGCGUUCAAACUGGGUGAGGAACUGGACCCUUUGGAAGUAUUUUCGGGACUAUUUUCCUGUUAAGCUGGUGAAGACUUGUGAGCUCUCCGCAAGUCAUAACUACAUCAUUGCAUCCCACCCCCAUGGGAUCCUCUCCUAUGGAACCUUUUGCAACUUUGGCACAGAGUCCACCGGCUUUUCUCAGAUUUUUCCUGGAAUCACCCCAUCUCUCGCCACUUUGGAAGGGAUCUUCUGGAUCCCAAUUGUCCGAGAGUAUGUGAUGGCAAAGGGUGAGUGA